AUUGUCCUACUACUUGACGAAACAUAACAAAGAACAUACCAAGCUAUCUAAGUAACAUACAAUCCCAUUUUUUACAAUUCUUUCAACUUUUCAACCCGUCUCCCAUCAUGCCUCACUCUCUACCCUCGUCGCCUAAGUCAACACCAAGGGACGGUCGAAAUGGUAUCACCAAGUUUACCAAUUGCCGUCUCUUGAAGGGUGAUAAGUUAGUUGAGGAAGACCUUUGGGUCAAUUCUGUUACCGGAAAAGUCAUUAGAAGCCAGGCUGCUUUCUAUGAUGAUUUCAUCCUUCCUGACGAGGUUAUUAAUCUUGGCGGUCGUAUCCUCUCCCCGGGUCUCAUCGAAUGUCAAUUAAACGGUGCUUUCGGUUUCAAUUUCUCGACUCUUCUCGAACCCGCUGUAUACGCUAAGAAGGUGAAGGAGUUAAACAAGCAACUGGUGAAGACCGGCGUUACGUCGUACGUCCCCACUAUUACAAGCCAACGGAGCGAGCUCUACAAGCGAGCACUACCACAUCUCGCACCCUCCGGAUACAUACAGAUUGCGGAAGAUGGAGCAGAAUCCCUAGGUGCACAUUGUGAGGGGCCAUUCUUAAGCCCAACUAAGAAUGGUGUUCACAAUGUGGAUGUGUUGCGGCAAGCCGAGACAUUCGCUGACUUGGAGGAAUGCUAUGGUGCCGAAAACCUCGAUGCUGAGGACGAAUUCCGCCCUACACCAAUCAAGAUGAUUACCGCUGCACCGGAACGAGGGCAAAUGACCAAGCUCAUUCCCGAGCUCACAAGCCGGGGCAUUAUUUAUUCAAUCGGACACUCCGAGGCUACAUACGAAGAGGCGUCUGCCGCUGUUGGUGCAGGUGCAACGAUGAUUACUCACCUUUUCAAUGCUAUGCGACCUUUGCACCACCGAAACCCCGGCAUCUUCGGUGUCUUGGGUCUAGCGGAGAGUUUACCUCGCCCAUACUUCGGAAUCAUCGCCGAUGGAGAGCAUUUGCAUCCCACAACGAUCAAAAUUGCCUUCAACGCUCAUCCCGACGGUUUCAUCCUCGUUACGGAUUCUAUGCACUUGGUGGGGCUGCCGGAUGGUGCCUACCUGUGGACGAACGGUGAGACUGCAAGUCAUAUCUUAAAGAAGGGCAACAAAUUGAUCUUAGAGGGCACGGACCGAAUUGCUGGAAGCUCGAUCACGCUCAUUGAAUGCGUAUCCAACUUCCUCAGCUGGUCCGGUGCUGGCAUUCCGGCUGCACUGAAGGCCGUUACGUCAACGCCAGCUGCUAUGUUAGGGCUACAGGGCAUCAAGGGCUGUCUUGAUGACGGUGCCGAUGCCGACCUUGUGGUCCUGUCUGAGAGCCCUAGACCAGAUGGUGUUGACCUCGUCGUGGAUGAGGUCUGGAAAUUCGGAACAAAAGUGUUCACCCGCUAAGUCUCAAGAACGACAUGGUGGAAUAGAUUAAGAAAUGGUUCAUGAUUAUAGACUCAGACAAAAUUGUACUUAAAGGUCAUCAUCGAUCGGAGUUAGGUGUAAUCAUAUUAGCAUAGGCAAAAUGUCCUCAAGAUUGGGUUUAUUUGCUUGAUAGAACUAC